ACGGCCUGAGGGGUAGGAAGUGUCGUGCCGCCGCUCUCCCACUCGCUGUCUCUCGCGCUCCCGGUGCACUCGUGUUUGUCGUCUUCGAGGCCGGUAUUUCGUGCGGACACUGUGUGACAUGAAGGGACUUGCACGUCGUUCCCAAACACGUCAGUGAGAAGCCGUUUUAAGCGUGACUAAGGCCCUCGGCGUAGUGACGUCAAACUUCCUGUUAUACAACUUCACUCUGCUGUUUCUGAAUCCGUAGCCGAGACCUUCCGCCAUGGACUACUCGACGGGAAUGGGCGGCAUAGGCAGCAUGGACCCGGAGAUGGACAUCUUCACAUCCACCAAACUCGCCGUGGCCACCGAGGACGACACGACCGCCCAGACCGACGAGGAGAUCAACGCCCUCUUGGCCAACUUCACGACGUCGCUGCCCACCUUGGCUCCCGACGGGUCCUUGGGGUUAGACCGGGCCGACUACCCGAAGAACAUGCUCGGGUUCACGGCGGCGUGUGCGUUCAUCCUCGCUGUGAUCGGCACGUUCGGCAACUUACUGACAAUCAUAGCACUGCCUAUGAGUAAGAAACUACGUACCACAGCCACCGCCUUUGUGGUGAACCUUGCUGUAGUAGAACUCCUCUUCUGCGUGUUCAUCCUACCCAUGUCCGGUGCACAGUACUUGGUUCUUCAGCACACCGAAGAAUCACUCCUUAGUAACAGAGAUUGCAUAUUCUUCGCUGUUACUCGCUACACACUUACCCAAGUGGAGCUACAGACUAUACUGGCCAUCGCUCUUACCAGAGCUCUAGCUGUGUCGUUACCCCGCCUCUACGCCAUAAUCAACCGACCUGUUAUCAUGGGAUGCUACAUCACUGGUAUCUGGAUCUACUCUUUCCUGCUCAAGAUGCCGACCGCCUUUGGGCUUCUGGGUAAUUACACCUUCAACUCUCAGACCAUGGAGUGUGACAUGAGUAACAAGAACAAGAAGUCACGUCUCAUCAUGAUUCUAAUCGAGGCCGUUAUACCUGUUCUCACCAUUAUCAUCUUGUACAUCUUCGUGUUCGUUAUGGUCAUCAGGAGAGCACUGAUGAGGAAAAAAAAGUUCAGCACCGUGUUGCCACCUCCUCCGCAGGUUAAGCUGAGCACCGCCCGUGUCAACCGCGCCUCCAGCAGGGGCAAGGUGCCACCGGCUGCCUCCUCCACCACCUCCGCCUCCUCCACCUCCGGCCCGAACCAGCGAAAGGGAUCGAACUCCAGUUUCAGAAGCCUCAAGAAGAUGGUUUCCGAAUCCAAUCUCCGAGCUCGUUUCGUCCGUGCAGCCAGACACUUGAACGGUAGGCGCACCCACCAGUCUUCCACGGUGAGCCAGCGCCUCAGCACCAGCCGCCGAGACAUGCGCGUCGCCCGCACCAUCUUCAUCAUCUUCGUGCUGGUGCUGGUGUGCAGCGUGCCCGUCAUGAUGAUCCACAUCCUCGACCCGCAGGUGAAGCACCCCGUGAGGUUCCUCUUCCUGCACAUCCUGUACUGGAUCCAGUACUGCCUCAACUUGGUAGUUUACGUGCUCAUGAACCGCCAGUACCGCGACGCGUACGUCGAGUGCCUGGCGAGGGUGUUCCCGCGCUUCAAGCAGCACCACGGCCGCAGGUUCUUCUGGGAAAAAGCGAGCAUCUCCUCCAAGCCGCCGCAUGCCAAUACCUCCACCCGGCCGCGCCUCGACUCGGCCGGCAACCCCGGGGACUCCAUUGUCUCGUGCGACGGCGACCCGCCGUCGACCGCAGGAGGACAGCCCGGGGCCAUCGCUCCUCAGGGAAGGCUCUCGGCCAUUCCGGAGGGCCACAGCAGCUCGGCCGCCAACGACAGCGUCUUCUCAGACCCGCACAAGAAGGAUUCCAAGGACGAGGAAGCCGGCAAGAGGGGCGGCGAGGAGAGCAGCGGCGAGAGCGAGGACGAGGGCGAGGAGCAGCGCGCCCUCGUGGACAGGGAGCACUGGCUCAGCAAGAACGGCUCCACCGCCGACCGCCUGCCCGAGAGCGAGUGCAAAGUGUAAUGCGAGUGGCGGACGAUUCCAUUUAUUUACUCAUAAGGAUUUGCAAGUGGAAUUUCGUCUCUUUGGAGACAUGGCAUUGUCGGUAGUGAAUGAUGUACCUUUUUCUUACAGUUUGUCAGCUACCAGACAGAAUAAUUAUAAUGGUAUUACUAGUAUAGUUGUCAGCGUUGUGGGCUACUGAUGGUCCCAGCGAAAGAGUAUUCACCGCAGUUAUUAUCAUCUCUUAUAAGUAAGAGAAUCUCAGAUUUUUAUGGUUAUUAUUUUAUAUUACAAAGCGUAGUUCCUUGUGCCAAAACACCUAUAGUCCAGCUGCUUGCCAACAGCUUCUGUAGGAGCCAAAAAACACAAAGUAUGCUAGUUUGUGUACCUCAUCGAUGUGUAUCUCAGUGUGACUCACACUGAUUUAUGCUUUAUCAGUAUAAUUGGCAAAUCGAGCUGUCUCAGUGUAACUCAUACUGUCAUAACGAGAACCCCACCGCGCCAGUGUGAUUCGUCGCCGUGUCAGUAUAUAAAAUACAGUGUCACUGUAACUCAUUGUAACCAGCAUAAAAGCGGUGCGUACCAUGGAACAAACUGAAGAAACUCAUGAACAUCGAAUUUACCCAUAAUUGAUGUGUUGUGAAGAGCAAGUGUUGUGACGUAACAUAAAUUUCCUCUCGGCAUACGUGCAGGCCGCCAAGAAUCGGUUCACGGCCAUGCUGAUGCUCCACCGUUUUCAUAGUGAUCGCCUACUCCCCCUUUGGCAUUGGCGAUCAGUUCCCUGGUCGAUAACACUGCUUGCGAAUCGCUUGGUUGUUCGCCAGAAAUAGUUGUUCCCCUCGUCGUGUAACAUCAGUGAGUUUAAGAGAUGAUAUUGCGGUAAUUAAUCUUGGGUAUAUCUCUUUAAUGGCAUUUGGAAGUACUUAACAUCCGUAGGGGAAUGUGUGUGUGUGUGUGUGUGCAAUACAAGUGUAUUUCCUUCUCUUCGCUUAUAAUACAAUGAAUUCAGGGCCAUGAAGUGAAGGUACUAAAACUGAUUUGUACCUGGAAUUAUCUUAAGAAAUGAAGCGGAAGCAUUACCUUGUAUUGGGGAAUCUCCGCUCUAAAUUUCCUGUUAGGGCAUAUAUUUUCUAAAACGUUGAAUUAUUAAAUUACGUAUUAAGGCAUACAUUUUUUUCUAAAAUUUGAAUGAUUAAAUUAGGUCUUAAGACAUACAUUUUUUUAUUUGAUUCAUUGUUAUUUUAAGAAGACAUUAUCUUCCCAAGCUUCCCUAUUUUUAUACUGGAAAGAAACACUUUGUGAACGUUUACGAAUGUAUGUUUUAAAACAGCGUUAAAAACGUUUCUGUUCCUCGUCUUAUGAGGCGUUUAAGUCCCAAGGUUAGUGUACAGAGCUCAUGCGGUGUGUUAAUUAGGUCUAAGAUACUCCCCGCGGGUGUACAGAGACACAUAUUUAUUUUUUGAUUAAAGAAUAAGGCAAACACAUUGUUUACUAUGAGAUAUUUUAAUGAAAAUAUUAUGUCAGAAAAAAGGGAUACUGUAGUAAUGUAAGGAGGUCUAAUACAGAAUAUAUGUAAGACAUGUACAUACACAUAUGCAUAUAUAUAUGUGUGUGUGUGUGUGUGUGUGUGUGUGUGUGUGUGUGUGUGUGUGUGUGUGUGUGUGUGUGUGUGUGUGUGUGUGUGUGUGUAUGUGUGUGUGGAUAUGUGCAUAUGUAUGAAUUCAAGAAGUACUUAAGGCUAAUAUCUAUUGGCUAUACUGAUGAUAAUUUAAGUGAAUAUGUCUUGUAUAUUUGGAUGUAUGAUAUGCGUUGUAAGUGCCUAUGACACUGGAGAGUUUUCGUAGCUUGUAAAUGUGUAUAUGUAUGCAUAUGCAUGGAUGUGUAUUCAUACAUAUGCAAAUGUAUAUGUGUGUGUGUGUGUGUGUGUGUGUGUGUGUGUGUGUGUGUGUGUGUGUGUGUGUGUGUGUGUGUGUGUGUGUGUGUGUGUGUGUGUGUGUGUGCCUCCAGUCUAGAGUACUUAUGAAAAUAUAUCUGAAGCCCUUAAUCCCAAGGCUUCUCGUAUCCAGAAUGUAGCAUCAUGUGUCAUGCUAUAUCGGCUCUCCAUUUCCAUUUCAAAUUCGCAGUUUAGCGGCCGACGAAUGACAAGGUCCAUUUGCUGAACCAGAGUACUUCGUAUGAGAGAGAAAACUAGUCUGGAUGUGUUGUAUUCCAGGAAUUCCAUGAUCGCUGGACCGCCCACGCAUAGCUAUACCUGUUGCAGUUCCCGCUACUUGUUUUGUUGAAGGAUGUGAUACUAAAACGAGUGUAUCAAUCACAAGGAGAGGAAAUACAUUACAAACAAAGAAACUAGCUAAAACAAACACAGCUUUCUUUCUCGAAACGUGAUUUCAAAGACAGCAAAAUAAGCUGUGAUGGCAUAGUUAUCGUUUGGUACACAGAGCUUAACCGUCCUCAAUGGCGCAAGGUGACGCCUAGAACGUAUUCACUUUACUCGAAUGCUGGACUCUUGGCAUCCGGACUCAACUGGCUAAGAUCGAUUGGAAAAAAAUCUUUAAUAACAGCGUAAACAUUACCUCAGGUAUAGUUUUCUGCUUUGUAAAGCAAUGUACAUUUAUCCCUGUUUUAUGUAUCUUCAGGUAAAGAAAGAAAUACAAGAGGAACGUAAAUUAAAGACAAUAUAACAACAACAGAAAGAUUUCAAGGUGUGAAGAUAGCUCAAACUAAAAUACAUAUAGACGAGUUAUAAAGUUCGGGAUUAAGUAGAUGUAUUAAAUGGAUCAUUUUCAUACACGGGUCUUCCUACAGUCUAUAUGAAAAGCCAGUGACCAAAACGUCCGAAAAUCCGUGUUCAAGAAGUCCAGUGGUUCGAGUGUCUAGCGAUCCCUUAGCGCUCCUCCAUCCAUGGCUGUUUCUCAAUCACAAACUCUUAAUUUUGAUGUUUCAUUAAGGAAGGACGGGUAUCCUUAAGUUCAGUCUGCGAGAUUGUCGAAGAUUCUUCAAUGCGAUAAGAAUUCAGAUUAUCUAAGGAGAGAUAAGAAAUAGGGUGUGGUAUAGGGAGACAAAUAUGUCUAGGUUUUGGGACCCAAUUUCUGGUUUAAAGUAGGUGUGUGUGAAGCCUUGUAUAUACCGGCAGAAAGACAUGGAGGUGUGCGUUUUCUAUAAGAUAUGAAUUUGAUGGUGCUUGCAUGUAAUGAGUACAUAUAGAAACAUUCAAGUGAAUCCUUGAACAGUAGGACAUAAACACAAACACAAAUUCUACACCGACACACCUUUUUUGUAUAUAUCUCAAGGGUUUUACUCAGUACGAAGCAAACAUUUAACCGAACAGUAGCACAGGCCUUGUAGGACAGUUAAAAGGGUAUAUUAAGCAAAUCUAUUUCUUCGGACAUUCAGCUCUCUAAUCUAACUUCCUCUUGCUUAAGCUUAGUCUCUUUAGGCACUUCAUAGAAAGGUACAUGGAAGCUUUCCCUCACGUUCUCUGCAACUUCACCAGGACUUCAUCGCUCUCCCAGUCUUAAACCGAAGGAGACUGAACAGACUUCAUCGAACCUUUUCUUACACACUACGUACAGCUCCCUUUGGGUAUUUACUCUUUUACCUCUCUUUAUUCUCUUCCACCUUUCUACCAUUCCUUAUUUCUCAUACACCCACUCGUUUAUUUCUCUUUAUGCCCUUGCAACCAAUCUUUAUCUCUAUUCUCCACCCUCCCUCUCUUCCAAUCUUCCGUUAACUCUUUAUCUCUAAUUCCCCCUUUUUUCUUCCAGUCUUCCGUCAACACACGCACUCAGACACACUGCCGUAGUUUCUGUAAAAAAUCAAACAGCUCUUUCACUUACUUCCCGUUAGAGCGUUAAAUAAAAAUACAUGCAUAAGCAACACUGUUUGGCUGAUAAUGUGCUCUUUAAAGUGAUGUUGUAAUGAUCAUAAUAUUCUGAUUCAGAUGUGAUACUUUCAUAGCAGAUGUACUGUUUUAUAUGUUUUAUAUAUGUUUGAGUCUAUGUAUGUAUAUAUGCUUAAUAUAUGUGUGUAUAUAUAUAUACAUACAUGUAUGUGUAU